AUGUCUUUAUUGGACACAUUUAUAAAAUCGUCAGACCAAGUGGUCGAAUUUGAAGCAUUCUUCUCAGGUAUACCAGUUGUUAAUCAUAACAUACAUACUUUAGAAAUAUACAAGGAUGAAAUUCUACUCUACUGGGCUGAAUUUAGAAAGGCUUAUGACAAUAUUUUGGCGAAUUUUAGAACUCUUGAUACGGAAGUGAACGUAGAAACAUUGAAAGAAAGAUUUUUUAAAACGUUUGACUCUCAUGUGAGAGCUUUGUCCAAAGCCAACGAAAUCUUAGACUCUCUUCGAAAUAAAGAUGUUUCUCCUGACAUUACCCCUCCCAUUUCGUGUGAGUCUCACCCGAAUAUUUCUCUUCCCCCCUGUGAUACACAAACUUUUUACGGAGAUUAUGUCUCUUGGCCGUCGUUUCGCGACAUGUUUUCGGCCCUAUACAUAAACAAUAAACGAUUGUCACCCGUUGAGAAACUUUUUCAUCUGUUGAAGAAAACUGAGGGAGAACCUCAUGACAUCUUAAAGAACUGUCCACUGACAAACGAUGGUUUUGAUAUGGCAUGGGGAAAUCUAGUGGAACGCUAUGAAAAUACUCGUGUACUUGUUCACACACAAUUAAAAACCCUGUUCAAUUUGCUAAACAACCCUAUUUAUAAAGAAUCGGGGCCCAGCAUUAAAAAACUUCAAAGGUCUAUUAAUGACUGUAUAAAAAACCUUUCUCUUUUAAAAAUUGAUACUAGCAAUUGGGACGUUAUUUUUGUUUUUAUUUCUGCAAAAUGCCUUCCAGAUAUUAGCCUACAUUUAUGGCAACAGCAUUUAGGCAAUAGCAAAGAGUUGCCAUCGUGGAAAGAAAUGGACAGCUUUCUUACGUGUAGGUAUCAAUCUCUUGAGGGUUUUGCCGACAUUCGGACAUCUUCGGCAGAUUCUCAAAAUUUUCCGAGGAAAACUCAUAAUAAGAAACAUGCUCCCGAUCAGUCAAAAAAGAUAAAUACCUUCCAAACCAAGGUCAUUACUGAUAAGGCUAAAAAGUGCUCCCUUUGCAAUGAUUCUCAUACCUUACGACUUUGUCCCAUUUUUCUAUCAAUGUCUGUCGAAGACCGCUAUUCUGUGGCGAAGAAGCAGAAACGUUGUACUAACUGCUUAGCCAGCUCGCACGAUUAUAAGAUGUGUAAAAGUCAAUAUACCUGUUCUAUCUGCAAACAAAAACAUCACUCUCUUUUGCAUCGCUCCCAAAACCCUACCGUAUCCAACCAAACUAGUAUUAUGCAACCGAAUAAUUCAUCAAUGAAUAACGUUCGCGAAUCGGCUCUCACACAAGUUGUUAAUAACUUUGAAGACAGGCCUUCAACUUCAGCUGCCGCUGCGGCUAGGAUGCAACAAUCAUACUCUACACAAAUACAGUCCACUACCCAUAAUUCGAUUGUACUUGGUACAGCUUUGGUCGAUAUAUGCGUAGGUAAUGUGCGUCGCACAGUAAGAGCCCUUAUUGACUCAGCUUCUGAAGCGACAUUUAUUUCAAAGAAACUGCAAAGUACCUUACAACUUCCCACAAAAUCGUCACAUACGAAUAUAACUGGUUUAAGCGGUUCUCUAACCGCCACGGCAACCCAGAUCUGCCCCAUUCGAAUAAGUUCACCGUUAGAGAAACUGUUCGAAACAACAGCCGACGCAUAUGUCAUCAACAAACUAACCGGAGACUUACCUUACUAUGAUAUGUCGUCUCUUAUGAAUGUGAAAUUUUCCGAUCUGCCUUUGGCUGACAACUAUUCAUUUAAAACCUCAAAGGUUGAACUUUUGAUAGGUUGCGAUGUCUACCCUAAAAUUAUAAGAGAUGGCGUUCGUUGGGACCAUCAGAUGUCACUUGUGGCUCAACGUACCAUUUUCGGUUGGAUUGUCACAGGCAGAUUAAACUCCCCUACUCGUAGUCUGAACUCUGUAUCGUCCUUUAUUAACACUUUAGACCUAAAUGAACAAAUAACUAAAUUUUGGGAACUUGAGGAGGUACAUGAAUUACCAACUAUGUCUAGGGAAGACCAAUUUUGCGAACAUUUAUACAAGGCCACAACAUUUAGGAACAAUACUGGACGCUUCGUGGUAUCUCUCCCUUUCAAGUCGGAAUUUUCUAAUGGUCUGCCUCUUGGUCACUCUCGCAAUUCGGCGUUGGCUCAAUUUAUUAGAAAUGAGACUAGGCUUUUAAGAAACCCCCAUUAUAAAUCUGAAUACGAUAAAGUAAUAGAAGAAUAUUCUCUUCUCAGUCAUAUGACUGCGGUAACACCAGAUAUAAAUGAUACCCCUAGCUCAUCAUACUAUUUACCCCAUCAUUCUGUGCUCAAACCCGAAAGCACAACUACGAAACUUCGUGUUGUGUUCAACGCUUCUAGCCCAACUACAACAGGAUUGAGUCUAAAUGAUGUCUUAUAUCCUGGACCUGUUCUACAACAGGACUUGACUGUACUUAUCACUCGCUGGCGUCUGUUUAGGUACGUUUUCAAUGCCGAUAUUGAAAAAAUGUAUCGUCAGAUACUGGUUAAUCAACGUCACACCCCCUUUCAAAGGAUUAUUUUCCGAAAUUCACCUCAUAAAGAACUAGAAGAUUUUGAGUUACAAACCGUAACAUUUGGUGUUAACUGUGCCCCAUACCUUGCCAUACGAACUCUGCACGAACUUGCAGAGCAGUGUUAUAAUGAUUACCCCGAGGUUUCUAGCAUCUUAAGAAAUCAUAUGUAUGUAGAUGACGUCCUAGCUGGAUCCCAUGAUAUAUCCCUGGCUCUAAAAUCUAGAGAUGCGCUUAUAAAAGUCUUAGAUUCUGCUAAAUUUUCCCUUCGCAAGUGGAUUUCCAAUACGAAUUCACUUUUAAAUGGUAUAAACCCCAAAUAUCUUCUCACGUCUGACAUAUUAAAGCUAGAGGACACAACCACAACAAAAACCCUGGGUCUUCGAUGGAACGCAGGUCUUGAUUUCUUCUUUUUUAACCCCAUUAAACAACCAUCUCGUGACAAUAUAACAAAACGAACCGUCUUGUCUGACAUAGCGAGGUUGUUUGAUCCAGCUGGAUGGUUAUCUCCAAAAAUUAUAGUUGCCAAAAUGAUUAUGCAACAGGUUUGGAAAGAUCAAAUUGAUUGGGACGAAAAUCUAAAGCCUGAAACCUUGAAGAGCUGGCUUGUGUUCCUAGACGACUAUCCCAAUAUCGGUCGUAUAAAAAUUCCCCGUUUUGUCAGUUACAACCCCUCAUAUACUGUUGAACUACACGGUUUUUGUGAUGCCUCAGAGAAGGCAUACGCUGCUACUUUGAUUACUUCUAUAAUAGACAAGGUUGGAAACGAUAAAUGGCGUCAUGUUAGUUCUAAACACAACCCAGCUGAUUUAGGAUCUCGUGGUGUUAUGGCCAGCGAACUGGUCUCCAACGAUUUGUGGUGGCAUGGACCACCAUGGCUUAGACUACCCAAUUCUGAAUGGCCUUCAAUGUCCCCAAUUAUAGACACUUCGAAAGAAGUUAAACCCAUUAAAGCACACUUAAACCAACUAUCAGAAGAUAUUCUUAGUCGUUUUUCCGAUCUUGCAAGAGCUAUGAGAGUAAAAGAACAAUCGAAUGGACCCACAUGA